GGCCCAGAGUCACCCAGCAAGUAUCAUGGCUGAAUGGGGAUUUGAACUCGGGUCUCCCCGGUCCUAGUCCAGCACUCUAACCACAUCAUUUGCUUUAUAGUGCUUAACAGGGCUUCUAUAGUAUAUAGAUUUGUAUCUAACAUGGCAGGAUCAAACACAAGCGCACACACAUACAGAGACACAGGAGAAGAACUGUACAAGCCACUAGUAAAGCACAGACCAGCUACAAAAGGCUGCUUCUGUGGAGAGUGAAUGCAUUCUGAAGUCACCAGGACAGCUCUACCUGCCUGAUUAUUUAAAAAAUGAAUACUACUAAUAAACAACAACAAGAAGAAAGAACUCUGAGACAGAGUGAUACAGUGGUUAGUAUGCUGGACUAGACUGGGGAAAUCAAUUGCUUCUCGGCCUUUGGCUAAGAUCAAGUGUAGUAUGAAGAGUGACGGGGGAAAUCCAAGUUCAAAUCCCCAUUCAGCCAUGAAACUCACUGGGUGACUCUUAGCAUAACCUUCCUCAUAGGGCUGUUGGAAAAAUAAAUGUAACCAUGUGCACCACUCUGGGCUUCUUGGAGGAAGCACAGGCUAUACAUGUGAAAGUAAAUAAAUCUAGAGAAGCCACAAGUAAAGCAGAGACUAGUGGAGGGCAAAUGCAUCCUGAAGUCACAAGGGCAGCUCUGCCUGCCUAUUUCAAAAAUGCAUGCAUAAAUAAUAGGCAAGUUGUUCUAGUAAAAACUAAUCUGCCUUCGUUCCUUUCACUAUCCCUACAACUGGACUAGAUUAGUUAGGAGGUCCUCAAGUUAGACCUCUUGAGCCUCAAACAUUCUUGGAGUGGAGUGGAUGACAUCUAUCUAUCUAUCUAUUGCAUUUCUAUACCGCCUAAUAUAGAAAUCUCCAGGCGGUGAGAUUUACCACCAAAUUAUACCAUUAAGUUAUCCCUAUGUGUCACUAUAACUGUACCAAAUUUGGUUCAAAUCAGUUAGAUGGUCCAUAAUUUGGCCCACUUGCACCUCAAACAUUUAUGCAUCUGCCAGCUUGAAUUGGGGUAGAUUACAUCAUCACAAAUUACACCAUUGAUGUGUCCCUGUGUGUCAGUCCCUACAACUGUACCAAAUUUGGUUCAAAAAUGGUUGGACCAUCCACAGGUUAGCCCAUUUGCACUUCAGACGUUCAUGUGUCUGCCAUCUUGGACAGAGUAGAUGACAUCAUCAGAAACUAUGCCAUUGGGGCAUCCCUAUGUGUCCCUAUAGCUGUAGCAAAUUUGGUUCAAUUCGGUUAGGUGGUUCACAAGUUAGUCCAUUUGCAGCUCAAAGGUUUACACAUCUGCUAUCUUGAAUCAUGGUGGAUGACAUCAUCACAAACUAUGCCAUUAAGGUGUCCCUAUGUGUCCUACAAUUGUACCCAAUUUAGUUUAUAGUAGCUGGGCCGGGCGCAGAGCAUCUGCACCUCUGCUGGCCGGCCCGGCCCACUUCUCCCCCCGCCCACCGGCCUGGCCGCAGUUUCUGGCCGGCUUUCAACCCAACACGUCCCCUCCUCAUCCUGGCAGCCGGGCUGGCCUGCCGCCGCCUGCUUAUCCUGGCGGCUGGGCUGGUUAGGGUUAGGGUUAGGGUUUGAAUCCCCGCUGGUGUGUUUCCCAGAAUAUGAGGAACUCCUAUAUUGGGCAGCAGUGAUAUAGAGAGGUGCUGAAAGGCAUCAUCAUCUCAUACUGCAUGGAAGAUGGCAAUGGUAAACCCCUCCUGUAUUCUACCAAGAAAAUCACAUGGCACUGUGGUCUCCAGGAGUCGACACCAUCUCGACGGUAAAUAGCAGAGCACUAAGGAAGAGAGCACACACUCCAGUUACAGAGUAGGUAGCAGAGGAUGGUUUAGUUGUUGCAGCUAUUUAGAGAAUACACAUGGAGAUUCUUGUAGAAUGAAAUACUAAGUAUUUAUUGGUUAAGUACACUUUGAUAGGAAAGACUUAAUCCUAAUCUAAAGGACUACAUAAUGAAUAGGUAAGGAGAGAGAGAGAGAGAGAGAUAGAGAUGUUUCCAUCUAUUCUCUAAGUGGAAUGGAAGGAUUGUGACACAGCAAGCAAAGUGCUGAAAAGUCAGAUCAAAGGUCAUAGAGUAGGGACAGAUAGGGAGACCCUUACUCACUGUCUCUACUCCCAAUGCCCCUAGUGGCCAUUGGUGCAAAAGGUCAAUGCACUGGAACUCCAUAUCCAACACCAUUACUCCCAUCACCCCUAGCCUUUGGCCAUCAUAGUCCAACAAUCUUUGGCAACCCCAGUCUGAGAAUCCCUGCCAAAAGGAGUUUCCUGCUGGGCUGAUCAGAAUCUGUUGGGAUUGCCUGCAGCAGUCAAGGAUGCCACUAAAAUCCCCGUACCUAUAUAACUGGGGAAGUGUGACCCCAUCCAGAACUGGCAGAUCAAAAUCAAAAUCAAAAUCAUCUCCUGAGUUCCAACCCAGCACAAUAAGUACCUCCAUCUUUGUGAGUGAUGCACCAGGUGGGUGGGUGAGGGACUUCCAGUGCACUUUGGGAGGCUUGUACUUGUGUAUAGGUUCUUUCUUAUAAUCUCCAAAUAGGGCGAUAGUGUCUCGGGGGGCCAAGCAACCCAAGAAUUCUUGCGCACAGCUCACAGACCACACAAAAAUCCACCCUGGAUUUCCCACUAAACUCUUUGUUUGUUUUGUUUCAGCAACUUAAUUAAUAAAGGGUGGGGGAUAGAAGAGAACCCAAGAAUUCUUGCGCACAGCUCACAGUCCACACAAAAAUCCACCCUGGAUUUCCCACUAAACUCUUUGUUUUGUUUCAGCAACUUAAUUAAUAAAGGACGGGGGGUGGGGAUAGAAGCUUUUUUGUUGUUGCCAUUUUCAAACACCUGGGAUUCAGACCCCUGCUAACUGAGCAAAGAGGCACCUUUAAAAAGUGGUGAUUCGCUUUAUUUAGCAAGGAGAGAGCAACUGGCCCUAUCCAUCCCCAGCACAAUACCCCUCCAGUGACUGUUGCUGGUGUCUAUCAUGUUUCUUUUUUAGAUUGUGAGCCCUUUGGGGACAGGGAGCCAUUUUGUUUAUUUAUUAUAUCUAUGUAAACCAUGUUGGGAACCUUUUUAAAAAAGUGGUAUAUAAAUAUACGAAUACGACAAAUAUUUAUAUACCGCUUUUCAACCAACGUUCCCAAAGCGGUUUACAUACAGAAAUUAAAUUUAAUUAAUUAAUUUUGGGGGGGGCUGUAUUCAUAUCUUGCUGAUCCAGUGUAGCAAGGUUACAAAAAUUGAAGAUGGAUCCCUGCUCCCUGCCUUCUUCAGAGAGGGAGAGGGCAAAGAGCAAGUUUUGGGGGCCAGACUUUGGGGGACCUUAUUGCCUUCUAGGGUUGCCAGGCUACAACUGGGAGAUUUCACUCGUACUUUCAUGCUUCACAGCAGGAGAGCAGGUAGCUGUGGUUUCUCCCACUUCUUCCUCCCUGGUCCUGCUUUCUGUCCCCACCUGCUGUGUGGCACACCCAAAGUCCUGCUUAUUGCAGCUGAUGUGAAACGGUUGGGGUUGGCGUGGGGGUUAGUGGUGGUGGCCAUACUACAGGAAGAAUGGGUGUGAGCAUUUGCAGAGGAUUUAAAGGGAAAGGCGGAAUCUCCUGGUUUCAACCUGUCAGCUCUCAAGUGACCUAGCCCCCUCAAGAGAAGCCACUUCCGGGGGCUAAGGUGGAACUCCUAACACAUGUGCUCUCUUGAUGCAGGAGGUCUUUUUGAGGGCUUAUUUCUGAAGAACACUUCUUUUCUUAGCACUUCAUAAACCUUGGUUUUCCAAACCAGCUUGGAGAAGCCCUUCCUGGCAGCUAUUCCUAACAUUCCUUGUGGGUGUUAAGAGGAAGUGGCUGAGUGGUGUGUGGGGAAGCUACUGUUGCUGUCAUGGAUCUUCUUCUGCUUGGAUAAGCUUUCUCUGCCUCCAGUUCCUCAUGUCUCACUAACAGGAUGUGGCAAGGUUUUAUUUCAGUCCCAAACUGGGUGCAGCAGGCUGAGUAAAUGUUCCUAGCACCUCUUCAUAGCGCAUUGAUUAGUGCAGGGCCAAACCUUUCAGGGCUUGGGAGACGAAUGGGACAGAAAGUCAUUCAAACAACAUCUCACAAUGCCACAAGUAAUACAGUGUGUAGUUUACUAGUUAGAGGCCUGGUUGUACAGUCAUUGUCCAGGUCCAUUUAAGAGGUGUUCCCUCAGUCCCAAAUGAAAAUAAUAAAGGAAAAUGUUGAAGAGCCACAGGUUUCUUUCAAGUUUCCACUGCAUGCUGAAGAGGCAACCCACCUCCCAGGUAUCUAUCUCUUUCUCUAUCUCUAUCUACACACACUUUUAAUUUUUAUUUUUGAGAAAUGUACAAAAGACAACACAUUACAAAAAACAACAGAUAAAACUCAGCUCAGGAGCAAAUAAAUAUAACACCUCAAGUUCAUGACUUCACUUAAUUCAUUUAGAAUAUGUGUAAAUAAAAUUAUAAAAUAAAAACCAUUUUUAGCCUUUCAGGCCUUUAAAGCUGAAACUGAAUAGCAGUUUGCCUCUUCAGCGGUUUGCCUCUUCAGCAGGGCAAGUGGCCACACUGGAAAAACUGUCCAACAAGCCCCUAUCUAUGUGUUCUCUUUCCCCCCAUUUUUGCACACAGUUUUGUUUGAUCACAGUCACAUAAGACAAAUUCAGCAGUUCCAUUUUAAUCUGGAAGCCAGGCAUGCUCCCACAUGCUGGCUAUAAAGGCAAGAAGAUAUGGUAGCCCACAAAGAAUGUUGCUGAAGACACAGUUCUUGGGAGCAAUUCAGAACAAACUGUUUGCUUGUGUCAUCUGGAAAUGCAUAUAUUAGCAGGAAACAACAGUCUGGCUAUAUAAGUGGGUGACACUGCCAUUGUUUAUACUCAUAAACCUGCAUGCAUGUGAAAUGGCAUAAAUUUAGAAAUCCAAAUGAACCCUUAGCAAGAUCUCUCAUUAAAUGUAAACUAGUCUAGUCAUUUUGAGAACCACAGCUUAUUUUUAGGGAAAAUAUCCAUCUGGAGGCAGAAAGGAAGCGUGGGAGGACUGGAUUCCUGAUGGUACCUUAUGACAUCAUACUCUUCCGUGAGGCUGCUGAUUGGUCCCUUCAGAACUGAAGCAGAGUUUAAAUUCAUGCAUGGUCAUAGCAGCUAUCAAAAACUGGUACUGAGACUCAAAUAGGGUUUUUUUCUCCUGUUGUGUUGGAGCAAUUUAAACAAAUUCCUGGAGCAACAGCAUUAAAGCAGGCAGAGAGAUAAAAGAUACUAGACCGAAGAUGAAGAGGAGUGCAUUCUUGCUUAUCUCCCUGUGGGCUCUAACCUGUGCUCGACCUGCAUACAGGCACCACAGUGCACAUCACAGGACCUCUGAAGAGCACUGGGCUACUGCAAAUAAAGAAAGCUUGAAUGAGGUAGCUGAUUCUACUGACCUUAGCAAUGAAGACACGGGGAGCAGGCUCAGCAUAAGCACAGAAAGCAGAGAAGACUCUGGUGUCAGCGAACAUGACAGCAGCAGCCACGAGAAUAGUGAAGAAAAUCGUUUUAUCAGAAAGCUUUCCAGCAGUAGCCUGGAGAGCCACUCAGCAGAUGAAUGGAUCACUCGAGACAAUGAUGAUGCUGGUUAUUUCAGAAUCCACCAAGUGGUCCAUGGAAAAUGGGCCGAUGACAAGGAUUUCCAUGACUAUUAUGGCGCAAAAGAAGCUCAUGGGGAUGGUUCUGAUGACCAGUCUCUUGAGAGAGUGCCUCUGGAGGAUCAAAAUGAGAUUCAUGGCACUGACAGCACAGACAACGAAAAGCACGCUCAUGGUGAUAUCAAACAAUCCAAAGACCAGCUGGAUGUUGAAAAUGAUGGCAUGCUUUAUAUACCUGAGCAAGUCUUGUACACCUUCACGGGAACAGGAGGGAAUGAGCUGGCAAAUGAUGAAGACGUCAGCGGUGAUGGAAAUCAUGAGGGUGGUAUUAAUGGGAAAGAUCCAGGACACACUGUACCUCCAAACAAAGGAGACACGCUGCUGCCCUCUGUUACCAAUGGAGAACAAGGUGGUGGCAAUGCUAUAGGCAGACACCAGAGGGACAGUAGCAGCAGCAGUAGCAGCAGCAGUGAGAGCAGCAACAUGGAUAAAGAGGAUAACCACAUUAUUGAUCAUGGCAAAAGACAUGGAGGAGACAGCUAUAGCAGUAGUCAAGAGGACAGAUAUGAUUUUGAUGAUGAAGGGAUGCAAGGUGAUGACCCCCACAUCUCAAAGAACGAUGACAGUGACUCUAGUAUGAUCCAUGGGGAUGGCCACUUGAAAGAAAGCAGCCAGGAAGCCAGCAGAGAAAUAGCGGGGAAGAAAGUCAAACACCACAGCAAGUCAGUGGAACAUUUUGCCAGGAAAGUAUACCACUACGUUGAUGAUGGCUCAGAUGAAGAUCACAGUCCUGAGCAUGAUGAAAGCAAAUCCCUGCAAGAAGAUGAUGCUGAGUCGAAAGAGGACAGCCAAUCUGUAGAAGACAUCAGUCAGUCAACAGAAAAUGUUCUCAGUAGAUCUAGGGAGCAUGCAAACAGCCAUUCCAAAGAGUCUGCAGAGAGUUCAUCCAGAAAACACAGUCACAGCCAGUCCAGGGAAGACGUGCACAGCCAGUCCAGGGAAGACGUGCACAGCCGGUCCAGGGAAGACGUUCACAGCCGGUCCAGGGAAGACGUUCACAGCCAGUCCAGGGAAGACUUGCACAGCCAGUCCAGGGAAGACUUGCACAGCCAGUCCAGGGAAGACUUGCACAGCCAGUCCAGGGAAGACGUUCACAGCCAGUCCAGGGAAGACGUGCAUAGCCAGUCUAGAGAACUCUUGGCAAGCCAGUCUAGAGAGGAUGAAAACAGCCACUCUGGAGAGGAUGAUGACACAGAGUCUGUAGAAGGCAUAAAGAGUGAAUCCACUGAAUACAGCAGGACUUUCCAUAAAAAAACUGUGAAAAAGUCUAAAGAGAUAGAUGACAACUCAGAUGAACACAGUGCUAACAAAUCUGAAGAGCAGCAAAGUGCAUCCAGAGAGUCUAAGGGACAAGACAGCAGUUCAAGUGAGAAGAGCAAGUCUACAGAAGAGAGUGAAGAAUCAGAAGAGGACACAGACAGAUCCAGCCAUGACGACAGCAAGAUGUCUCAGAGUGCAUCAUCUGAGAGCCACAAAGUGUCCCAAGAAAGUGCGGGUAGUGAAGACAGCAAUGAGAGUGAUUCCAGUGAACAUGACCUCAGCUCGGAACAAAGCCAGCCAAGUCAAUCAUCAGAAACCAGCGAAUCCAAAGAAAGCAGCCCUUCUACAGAAACAGACAGUCAGUCCCGAGAGGACACAGCAAGCAAGUCUGACAGUAUAGAGGAUAGCUGGUCAAGAAGCAUGGAGCUGAAAAGCCAAAAGCUAAUGCUUGACAUCUAUCAUAAUAAACCCCUUAGUGAUUACGAUGAUAAUGAUUGCCAGGAUGGGUAUUAAAUGGGUAUUAACUGUACGGAUGUUAGUUUUUUUAAAAAAUGCCCUAUACACUUACAGGCCUUACAGGCCUUGAAGUAGGUUGUAAGUCCCGCCCCAGAACUGUCACUCAGCCCCUCGCUGCUCAUGGUUACAGUGGUGUUGGUGUGAAGAGGGAAGCGCUAUAGCGGUGAGCAAUCCAGGUUGCAGAUCAUGGAAGCACUUGCCCUACUGGUUACAGCGCUUCCCUCUUCAUACAAAACACCACUUUUAUUGUGAGUGGCAAGAACAAGGGGGUGAACAACAGUCAGUGCUGGGGUGGGACUUCUGGCCCACUUUGGUGCUUGUAAGUGUGUAGGGCACUUUAAAAAUUUAAACAAACAAACCUAAUGCCUGUAUAGGGCUAAGCAACUAUGUGUCAUAUUUGAAGGGUCAGGAAGUGAUCUCUUCUUUUAAUUUAUUUUAGCAUUUUAGCAAUGUGAAUAUUGACUCUUGGCAAUUAGAGUGGCCACUGAAUUUCACUAAUAGUGUCAAUCAAGGUCAAUUUGGAGAGCCCUCCGCAGGCAAAAUACACCUGAGGAACUUUGAAAACAGUUUCCGUAUGAUUAACGGGAUCUAUCCAGAGGGUUUCCACACACUAUUAGGUUCCACUAAAUUUUACCUCAAUAGAAAAUUGAGGCAAAUUUGGGGGUUUCUCCUCAGGCAACAAGGAAAGAAUUUGGACGACUAGUGGAAUUUCUCAGGGGUAGUUUGUAUGUGCUGCACUGGGUGGGGGGGAGUUGACAUCGAGGCUAAUGCUGUGCUUGUGCAGACAUGUUGCACAUGUGCAAGGAUGUUGCACAUGUGCAAGGAUGUUUCACUAGCUAGUUCUGCUUUGGGAAUUUGCAUUUGGGAGUCUGCGUUGCAGAAUAGUGCUGUGCUAGCACAACAAAGUGCACAACCCAUGGAGCACCUCCGGUUGGGAAACCAGUUCUUUGGUCUGUUUACAUUGCAGGGAACAUUUACGCAAGAGCACAAUAACACAGGAACAUAAGAUGCUGCCUGGGGUGUAGCUAGGGGAGAGCAGGUCCGGUUUCACCCCUCUCUGUGGAGGCAGUGAGGGAGAUAAUGAAGAAAAUAGGGGUGGUGGUGGAGCUGGUCCCCCCGAGUUCCAUUCACUCAAUUAUAGUUACACCUCUGCAUGCUGCCUUAUACCAAGUCAGACCCAUCCAGCUCAGGAUUGUCCACACUGACUGACAGUCAGGAUUGUCCACACUGACUGACUCUUGCCUGAAACUCCAAGGUUUCAGGCAAGAGUCUCUCCCAGCUCUACCUGGAGAAGCCAAGGAUUGAACCUGGGACCUUCUGCAUGCAAAGCAGAUGCUCUGUCCUUGAGCCCCAGCCCCAACGGACCUUUGGUAUUAUGCACAUCUGUGUGAUAGUCUUGCCGGUACACAGAUUUGUUGCAGAAGUGCUGCAUUAGUCUGGAUGUCGGCCAACAUUCUGUUAACAAAAAAGAGCAGGGACAAGUAGGUUUUCAAGCCAGAAGGAUCAAACUGGCUGGCAAUGCAAGGUAGGCCUGAAGGUCUUCCUCUGGUUCUCUCCAUGCCCUGCUUUCAACCGACCUCGGCAGGCCAGAAGCUCCCAGCCAGCCAAUGGGAGAGCCAGGCCCAUAUUUGACUAUACACUCGGAAGAGAAUGUUGGGCAAAGAACCAAGAGGCACUUCCUCUCCUCACUUGAGCUGCAGUGUGCCAGAAAAAGAAAGCAUUCCCAAUAAGUCCAGGGUUCAUCUUGUUGAGGCUGGCAUGUCUCCCGUUUGAAGGAAGGGCUUUAAAAACAUAGUACUUAACGGGAACAUUUGCAAGCCCUGACUACCUUUAAUUAUGUUUCCUUAAUAAUUCUCCAGUCAAGAAACUGGGUUAGUAGCGAUAACAGAGCUUUCCCAGCCAUCACUGUGGAAUGCUCCACCUUAAGCUUUCUGUCUGUAAGCUGCUUGUGCAACAAUCACAGGCAUCUACUGGCCAGUGCCUGUGACAUUACUGAUGACAAGUAACACACUUCCUGCCCUCCAUAUCUGUGCAUUUUUUUGGUAUUUUGAGAGAGAGGCUGCUUUAAAUGUUUUUAAAAUGCUUUCCAGGAUGAAUGAUUCUCUACUGUUUAGCACAAUUUCUCCUUUAGCUCUUUAAAUCUCAUGAAUGUUAAACUGCUUCUCAUCUUACCACCAUUAUCAUCUUACCCACCACUAAAGGUUUUUUUAAAAAAAAUUAAUAAAUCAUGGCCAGAUCUAUGCUUCAUACACCACACAUUUUUAAAGGGAGCAAAGAGGGAGCAAGUAGCAAAGUUUCUCCCACAACAAUACUUCUGGCCACCCAUCCAAUAAUUAGUGUGCUGCAGGUGCAGGGCUGGUGCUUGAAGCAAUGGGAGGUCUAAUAGGGGACUGACUCCCAUUACUUUUUUUUUUUUUAAGCAUCUGUGUAUAGCUGAGGGCAGGCACGGGUUCCUGAUACACGGUAGCCAGCUCUCUUACGCACAUGUGUGAGAAGCCAAACCAGUCCAUUAACUGUAGCUACUGCAUGUAUGGAAUGCAAAGAAACAGUUGCCAUAUGAUAAAUGCAUGUGAACUUAAGGUGGUUAUGCAGCCUUGGAGGUAUAAUUAAAAUGGGAUAUAUGUAAUAUUUUGUAAUACAUGUAUAGCUGUAUUGGGAAAAUAUUGUGGGGGUUUUUAAAGCCCAUUUUAUACAAGUGGUUUUAAUUUAAAAUGAAUAAAUCUUGUUUGUAUUUCCUAAUAAAGGU